AUGAAUCAGAGGAAACCACGUCCUGUUGAGGUUGACGCCGGAUGGAUAUACCACUUGAGUUUGUCGACUGUAGAACCUGGAGCGCUUCCAACAACUAGUGAGCAAGCAAGUGUUGGCUUUUGUAUGGAUCAGAGAAGACCGCGUCACUACGCCACCGGACUCACUGCUGAUCUGCAGACCUAUCAGCUGGUAGAGAUGGCUCUUAUGCCGCUCUUGUGUUUUGUGCUCUUAACAGUGAACAGUGUCGUGUAUGCUGAAGAGACAAAUUUUGCCAACGUUGACUGUGGGGUUUCGAGGGCACUCCGUCACGGCAGGAUUGUGGGGGGCCAGGACGCUGCCCAGGGGGAGUUCCCGUGGCUGGUGUCUCUCACCCGGAGUGGAGGUCACUUCUGUGGCGGAACUAUUGUCAACAGUCGCUGGGUCUUAACUGCAGCACACUGUCUUUGUAGUGGCAGAGACGAGCUGGGUAUAUCGAGCCUGAGAGUGACUCUGGGAGAACACGAUCUCCGCCAGAGAGGUGAGCACGACCUGCCCGUGUCCCGAGUCAUUCUGCAUCCACGUUUCCGUUGCGGUCAAUACGGGGACGACAUCGCAUUAGUGGAGCUGGGGUCGGAGGUCCCGUGGUCUGUCGGUGUGCUACCCGCCUGCUUCCCACUGCCGGGGGUAGCUCUGGGACACCAGGCUGACGUCAUGGUGGCCGGCUGGGGGUGGACUGAGGAAAGUUCGUCUAAGGGUAUCAGGUCCAACGUGCUACAGAAGGUCAACCUGUCGGUGGUGGAAAAUGCACAGUGUAGAGACUGGUAUCGUUCUCAAGGCAAGAAACUCGAGAUACGGGACACACAGAUGUGUGCAGGACUGGAGCAGGGAGGCAAAGACGCUUGCUGGGCUGACAGUGGUGGACCCCUGAUGUCGGGCGAUGCACGAGGUGUGACUGUGGUGGGAGUUGUGUCUACCGGUAUCGGCUGUGCGAGACCACGUCUCCCCGGACUGUACACUAGAGUGUCCGAGUUUCUUCCAUGGAUAUCUGCUUCCAUCGGUGACAGCGACUAAUUUACUGGUUCAAACGAUAUUAAGAAGUCGAAGAUAUCUGAUAUCUUACUGUAAAUAUUUUAUAUACUGUGUAUAUUAUUAGUGUAUUGUGUUCCCACCGGUUGAAAAGUAGUUUAGCGAAACAAAA